UAAAUGGAACUAUCAUGAAAUUUUUGUUGUUAAGCUACAAAAUUUUCUGUUGUACUUGCUUGUUUUCUAGUAAUUAGUGUUACUUAAUCCAAUCCAACCAAGCCAAAUACCUUGGAUUAGCCUCUUGAUGCAGCAGAAUUGUCAUCUUAUUGUUGGAAUGAACCAAGAAAAGGGCAGAACAAAUUGCAUUUGAUAAAACUUAGGUCCAGCAACAAGUGAAAAACCACAGCUUUCAUUGGUUUGUCCAUCUAGUAUUUUGUCUCUUCUCAUAGUAGUAGACAAUAAAUUCAGUUUCUCUCAAACAGAGAAGCAAAAAUAGUGAUCAAGAGCACGCGAUCCUUCGAUAACAAAGUCAGAAUUAUUCAAAGCUAGUAAUAGCCAUGACAGAAAAGGAAGGAGCAAUUGUCAAGAAGGGACAUGAGGAAGGUUUGAAAAUGGCAGUUUCCCUACUCGAAGAAUUCGGACUCCCAAUGGGACUCCUCCCUCUUGCUGAUGUGAUCGAAGUGGGAUUUGUGAAGAACACAGGCUACAUGUGGAUCCAGCAAAGUAAAAAAAUUGAACACAAGUUCAAAAUGAUCAACAAAAUGGUAAGUUAUGACACUGAAAUAAAUGGAUAUGUUGACAAGAAAAGAAUCAAGAAGCUCAAGGGAGUGAAAGCUAAAGAAUUGAUGUUAUGGCCUCCAGUUAAUGAGAUAACUGUAGAUGAUCCUCCCACUGGCAAGAUUCAAUUCAAGAGUCUGGCUGGCAUCACCAAAACAUUCCCAAUUGAAGCUUUUGCUGCUGGCCAGUAAUAGAAAUGGAAUAUAUUUUCUGAUUUAUGACGUUUGUGUGUUUUUCUAUAUUGUUUCUCGGUUUUUAAGUAACUACGUAGCUCAAUAAGAAACUUAAUUUGUUAUCUUGUCUUCCUUUACUAGGGGCCUUAGCUAGUGAUUUGGUGCAUAUUUAUGAUAGGCAUAUAGAAAUUAUUGUAUACGUUAAAUAA